GGGGGGUUUAUUUAUGAAGCAGCAAAACUUCUGCACGCUUUUAUGGCAUCAUGUGAUAUCAUCUGAUCAUGUAAAAGUACGAGUACCCUACAGGUAUCAUAAUAUCUGUUCCCUACAAGUACGAGUAUCAUAUCUGUUCCCUAAAAGUAUAUCUCAAAGCUGCAAAGCGAUGUACGUGUGGGGACGCGCUUAACUACGAUUUUAAAAUACUUCUUUUCCAUUUCAAUACGAGAAGGGAAGUAAUACGGGAAUUUUGCAAUGGAAUCUGAGUCGUUCGGUAGCAGUUGCCAAUAUCGCUACGAAGGAGCUGACUACAUUGGUAAAGGCACGUAUGGUAUAGUAUAUAAAGCGCAGAUUACCGAUUCGGGUGAUUUUGGUGGAGAGCAGAUUGUUGCCGUAAAAGUUGUCCAUUUGCACCGAAGAGCAGAUUCAGCAAGCAACCCGGUUUUGGCCGAUUGGAACAAACGACGAGCGAGAUUAAAUACGCUUCUUACCUUGCGGCACGAAAACCUUGUGCUAUACCAUAAAGUAACCAUUUUUAACGCGCCAGGAGGAGAGUAUGUCGAGCUUAUGAUGGAUUUUUAUCGUGAUGGAGAUUUAGCAUCGUCGAUUAAAAAAGGUGAAAGAGAAUGGGAAACCGCUUGAAUACAGGCUAGCUCUUCGCUACAUGAUCGAAAUCGCCUGCGGACUCGAAUAUCUACAUAAGAAUAACAUAAUCCACGGUGACCUCAAGCCAGAAAAUGUGCUUGUAAAGAAAACAGAGCAUAACCGAGAUACAUUGCAAAUCGGCGAUUUGGAUGAUCUUGUUGAAAUGCAGCGCAGUGUUACCUGUUCGGUCGAUGUUACGCAUCUGCGAGGCACCACACAGUACAUGUCACCGGAAAUGGUCAAGAAAUUUGCUGGCGUGUCGAAUGAAAUACCGGGCAGAAAAACAGAUAUUUGGAGUCUCGGCUGCAUUAUGCUGGAGCUGGCUAAUUGUGCUAUGAAUCUACAGGACGUAUGGAUUCAGAAGGAUGGGCAGGCCGUCGAAGUUUCCAAUACUCGUAUGCCAACCACCCGCUUUUUGACAAUGGUUAUCGAUGGAGGCGUGCCGUUUCUAGACAUUUCGCUUCCUUUGGAUUUGGCAUCUUGCAUUCAGUACUGUCUAUGCACAAACGUUGAGGAGAGGAUAUCCGCCGAUGAAUUAGUCUUAUACUUAUCCGCAGCGAGAUACCAUGGUAGGCGACUGGAUCAAACGUCAAGUGUGGACAUCACUUCUGGGAAACAUGUAAUUUUUUUCCAUAUGAUCGCGGAUCCCGGUCGGUGUUGUUGGCAUAGGUGUUCGAAUGUGCCACUGGUGCACCGAAACUUGGUAUUUGUACAGCUGUUUAAUGUUUCGGCCAACACUAUAAGCAAAGGGUUGCUGCCUGACGAUAUCCACGGCGAAUUCUUGUAUCCCUUUAUUGCCAUUGGAAAACAAGGAACGAUCUGUCAAACUAUUGAUGUCCAUCAGGAUGACAGCAGCGUUAAUACGUUUGUGUGGAAUAUAGCGAGCCAAACCUCACGUCCUCUCUAUAUUUCCGAUUCCUCCCUUUUGUUUUAUCGCCCGAUAAUGGUUGGGAAUAUGAUUUACUUCUGGGAUCAACGAGCAACGUUUGCUGAAUUUAAAAAGGCUAACACUUUAGACGGAAGCGUAGAGUCCAUAGCGGGACCCGAAAUUACAGUACGGGUAAACCGCAUAUUGUGUGGAGCCAUUGUGGAUCAUCAAUUAAUCUACAUUGCACUGGUAUCAGGUGGGUUUAACAAGGAUUCUACACGGAUGUAUUGUUACGAUACAAUAACUGGCGAAUGGAGGUGCAUCCAGGGACUAGUUAACGAUCGAGUGGGCUUUGAGCUGGUAGCGCUCCAUGGAAAACUCUAUCUGUUAGGGGGAAUUGUUGCUGGUAUCGGACAAAUCGGUCAUCGUGCCUUAAAAACAUGUUAUCGCCUUGAUCUAGAAUCGCUGCGACGGACAAAAAUUAGUCCCCUACUUCAAGCACGGGGCUGCCACUGCGCAUUCGUGAUGAAUGAUGAAAUCUACGUUUUUGGCGGUCGAGGCCGGAAAGGUACACUAUUAAAGACGAUGGAAAGAUAUGAUGUCCAAAAUGAUUGCUGGUCAGAAGUGAACUUACACGCGUCGGAGAGUAGCCCCUGGUCAAAGAUGAUAGCUUCUGACAUUUUUGCAUUCGCGCCUAGAUAUCUGCGCACAAGAAGCGCCGUAUUGUAGAAAGUGGUUCAGACUCUAAAACUACUGAAUUCUUUGGAUUAGGCAGUGGAAAAAUGUUCACAUCAAAUUUUUUGGCUUAAGAUAAAAAAUAAAGCUUGGGAACCGGAA